GAACGAUUCAGAGGUAAGCAUAGCACAGAGUCUUUUGCAAAAGAACUAACAACAUGAAAUUUACAACAAUGAGCAGAACAUGGAAGCAACUUUGCUUGCUCUUUGCAUUUCUAUCGACUACAGCUCAUGGAAAUAAUUCUUCCUGUUCUUCCUCUGAAUUUACUUAUGAGCAGAUUGACAAACAGCUUCAGGCUAUGAAAAAUUGUUUUGAAACAAUAUCUAUUACAUGGACAUCAUACCAAAACGCAAACAUUUUUAACCAACUACAAACACUGACUGAUAUCAUCCAGAAGCAGCUAAAUGAAGAGUUACGAAGGUUACUGCCAGCAAACUGUCCAGCUCCAGAUGUGCCAGAGGAUGGAGGCCUGCUGUGUAUAUCUGUGAAGAACAAGGUCUACUGUAAACCUAUGUGCAAUGCGGGUUAUGAUUUCAGUUUUAUAAGAAGAUCAAGGCUGUUUGAGGAAUGCAGUUCUGCCACACAAGACAAGUGGACAACACAGUUCAUUGGUGGCAACAGGCUGGCUAUAUGCGACAAGUCCCGCAUUGCAGUGUCAGGAGCACCUUCUGCCUACUUCCCUGAGGGCCAGGACUGUCAGAACAUAAAGAGCGAUGAACAACUAAUGGGGAACAUCACAAAAAUCUUUCAAUCAGAGUUGGUUAUGGCAGGCAUUACACAAUCAUUAGAGUCUUCCAGCCUUCUCUGUGGCUAAAACAAGAAUUAAGGAGAUCUAAAAAUUGUUCAGAACUGACAUAGUGGAUAUUCUGUGCAAAGUUAAUUUUACUAAAGUUUUUGGACUUGAGUCAUAUAAGUGCAAAAAUGUUAAUAAAAUGUCACUUAAGGAAUUACUGUACAUGAUGUAACAACUAAUGAAUCUUCAUAAUGACAAGGCCCAGUACAGAAAUAUCCAAGCCUAGUAGAUGACAAGGGUAAAGCAUAAAGGGCAAACUAACACAGGCA